UCUCCACAGACGCUGCAGAGGAUUUCCACCACUACUUGUCCAACCUGAAUGAAUGUAUUUUCCUUCUCUGCUAAUCUUUUGCUUGUUCUAUUUUAGCAUCACUCCAAUCUUCACCCUGUCGAGUGUGAGUGGCAUCAACCUGGACAUGCUGAAAGUAUUUCUCAAUGUGCUGCCACCACUAACUAACAGUAAGCAACAGGAGGAGCUCAUGCAGCAACUGACUGAGUUUCAGGUUGAUGAAAUCUACUCUGUCCCUGAUGUGGGGACAGUUGUUGGUGGGACCUUGUACAGUGGCAUUUGCAGAGAAGGUGAGCAGCUGGUUGUGGGCCCCACAGACAAUGGCAAGUUCCUGCCUCUGAAAGUGUGCAGCAUCCAGCGAAACCGUUCUGCCUGUCGAGUGCUGAGAGCAGGACAAGCAGCCACUCUGGCCCUGGGCAACUUUGACAGAGCCCUUCUGCGCAAGGGCAUGGUAAUGGUGAGUCUCGAGAUGAACCCAACAGUCAGCUCCCUGUUUGAAUCCGAGAUUGUACUGCUUUUCCAUGCAAAGACUUUCCGUAAGGGGUUCCAGGUGACGGUGCACGUUGGUAAUGUACGGCAGACUGCCACUGUGGAACUAAUCCAUGGCAAGGAGGAUUUGAGAACAGGGGAGAAAGCUGUUGUCCGUUUCCGUUUUAUUAAACAUCCGGAGUACCUGAAAGUGGGAGCCAAGCUGCUCUUCCGGGAAGGAGUGACGAAAGGGAUUGGUCACGUGACGAAAGUUCUAGCUGAGCUGAAGUGCUGAGUGUCUGUGUACUGGAGAACACAGUUCCCUGGAAUCAUCUCACAAGGCAACGUCAGUGAACCCAAGACUGACUUCAGCAGCAAGAGUCGGUCCCAUUCAAACACAAUGUUUAACUGUGUCUCUGACUCAGCUUUGAGGCAACCCCAGUAUCUCCAACCCAAUUAAAGAUCAAAGCACCCUUUACUAUGUGUCCUUGCUGGAAGAUUUCUUGUCCCUGCUUUCUCAAUCCAACUUUCUCUCACUCUACACCUCAUAUCCAUCUGCUAAUUUAUCACUUGUGCUGCCUGCCGAAGCUGCACAUCAGAUCAUACCUGGGAGCUUUGUGCGAUGCUCCUGUCUGCUUCCUCUGGAGUUUUAGGCUGGAGUAUUGCGUUGUGGAACGUGUUCAAUGAGGCCUUUUUCACAGCCUUGAAUUCAGCAUUGAUUGGCAAAGCUAGACAUCUCAAUGGUGUUCUGCCAAAGUAACACUGUCUGGUAACAGCAGAGUCCUCAAUAGCACAGAGGGAGCUUUACUCAGUAUCUUAUGCUGUGCUGACCCUGCCCUGGGAGUGUUUUGAUGGGGGCAGUAAAGAGGGAGCUUUAGUCUGUAUUUAACCCUGUAUUGUCCCAUUCCUGGGUGUAUUUGAUGGAGACAGAAUAGGGGGAACGUUACUCUGUAUUUAACCCUGUGCUGUCCCAAUCCUGGGAGUAUUUGAUGGGGGCAGUAUGGAGGAAGCUUUACUCUGUAUCUGACCCUGUGCUGUCCCUGUCCUGGGAGGAUUUGAUGGGGACAGGGUAGAGAGAGCCUUACUCUGUAUCCAACUCUGUGCUGGGACAGUCUUUUCUGGGUGGGUAUUGAGGAUUGGGUCACCCUUUGCAAGGGGCUGUUGGAGAAUAAAACCCAGGUAAAGAUAGCAACAGGAGGGGCGAGGAGAACAAAGGGGACCUCUCUUUAGUUUGUCCUGCACCCAGUGCUGUGCAGUAGGUCUGCUGUUGGUUUUUAGGGGGGUGUUCUGCAGCUGGGGGCAUGACUUCACUUUUACUGAGUCCAGUCAGUGCCUUCUAAUGGUAGAUGUUAGUUUUCAUGUGUGAUAUAGGUCAGUUCAUGUAUAUUGUGUUUCUGUAUAUAACAACAGAUGUACAGAGAAAUUUGUUUUAAAUAAAAUUUUAAUUCACUGUU